AUGUCGCCAUUCUUCCCACACCCGGCCCACGCCGAAGACCAGCCUCUAGCUCAUACCUUGGUCUGGUCCUACGUCCUUUACCGCGGCCUCCAAACAGGAGCGACACUGGGUCUAGGCGUGGGCGCCGUACAAGCUCUCCUACAGGCCCGGAGAGCCGCAAGAAAUGGGUACUAUGGCACAACGAACAAUCUCGGCAACGGUACUCCGCUCGACUGGGAUAGGAGCUGCCACAUGCACAGCCCUCAUGAUUCCUGCCAUGCUUGCGCGCAUGAACGGUCGGGAAGAGAUAGAAGGUGGACGAUUGGAGUCUGGCAGGGACAAUCGCUGAAACAGUGGCUGUCGCGAGGCGAGGUGCUGUACAGGAGGCUGGCAGGGCAAGACUUUGGAGAGUGGCAGGCGGUGCUGGCGCUGGUAGUAUGGGCAGGUCUUGUCGGCUAUAUGAUAUGGCGACAUGGAGUGCAUGGUGCAAAGUGGGCUGAAGAUGGCCCACGAUGA